AGCAUCCUUGUUCGCGCGUGGGGUGUUGCAACUUUCUGCGCCCAUUUCUUUCCGGAUUUUACGAUAAGAGUCGCUUGUCUCUGUCUGAGCAUUUUCGUUUGAAUGGACACUAGGUCCUGUUAGCAGGAUAAGAGAUGAUGGAAUUCUGCACGCGUUUUAUUCUCCUGCUCUCAGUGACAGGUAGUUCUGCACAAGGAGUUCGCAGUUUUGGACUGUCGUACGCAUACAGACCAGAACUGUCGGAGGACGCAAUACUUGUAGCAAACAACGGGAUACGCGUGCCUUUUGGGAGAUCGGUUUUCAUUGAUCCGAUCAACGAUUUGGUUAUUGAAGUUCGGCCGGGUGAUAGGUGCAUCUUAUCAGUGCUUGAUAACGACCCGUUGUCUCAAAGACCAGGGCAUCUUUCUCCCAAAAAGUUCCCGUGUGAAUUCGGUCCCAACGAUGUGAAAUAUUCGCAUUUCGGCUCCAGGAGCCCCGCUGAGGACAGAGUGAGACUGCAACUCAGGUACGACACUCAAACUGAGACUAUAAUCAUCCCCUUCAUGCUGGAGGUUCAAGUCCUUUUCACGCAGCUGGAGAUUGUUACAAAAAAUAUGCCUCUGACUGUUGAUAAACUACACGGCACAAGUAAUCCAAUUAGCAGAAAAAUACUUGAAUUUGCAUAUGACCGAAAAUCUGAGCAGUGUGAAGUCGCAUCGUUGGCUGCCCGCAGCGAACUACCUAGAUACGGUAAAGUUACUGAUGAGAGAAAAUUAGAGAACACGAUGGAUUGCGAGGCGUUCCUCGUAGCAGAUAUUCGCUACAAGCACACUUCUCUUCACAAGUCCCCAAACAGGGACUACAUUCCAAUGACAGUGGAGCUACGAAACCAAGAGAAUAUUGUACUGAAGCAAGAAUUCUUUCAUGUUAUGAUCCGCAUAAAAGAAGGGCUAGCAAACACUCCUCCCAAACCAAGCCUUGUGGCAAUGAUGAUGUUGGAAGGGGAUCAGUUUGUUAUGACAGCUUUGACUCCAGACAUGUUAGCUGCCGAGGACACUGAAUCUCAUCCCGAUGAUCUAAUUUUCAAUAUCACUUCCCCCCUUUCAUAUGAGGAAGGUUAUAUUGUGAGUACAGAUGAUAGAAAUUUACCAAUAACGACUUUUUAUCAGCGAGACCUAAAGGACCUGAAGAUAGCUUACAAACCUCCAUCCCUGGACUCAGAUACAGAAAGGAUAUUUCAAAUUGAGAUUGAAGUACUGGAUACAGAUGGUGGCAUCUCAGAUCCUUUUGCCUUUAUGAUUGUUGUAAAGCCAAGGAACACACUUGCUCCAGUGGUAACUAAAAACACAGGACAGCUCCUGUAUGAGGGUCAGUCCAGGCCUCUGUUCACUCAGAACAAUUUGGAAAUCAGUGAUGAAGACAACCUGGAUGCCGUGAGGAUAACUGCUGUAAAUGGUCUCCGUCACGGAAUGCUCACUGUUCUUGGAUCCAGCGAGAAGCAUUUCACUCCAGCCGAACUGCAGACUGGCACCGUUGUCUACCAGCAUGAUGGUAGUGAUACAUACAGUGACAACAUCAUUUUCAGAAUGUCAGAUGGCAAGAAUGAAGUGGAGUUUUUGUUCCCUAUUACAGUCGUACCCACUGAUGAUGAGCCCCCCAUUAUAAAUGCUAACAUAGGAUUGGUGUUGUUUAAAAACCAAACAUUACCUGUUUCUCCCCUAAUGCUCAGUGCAGCUGAUAUUGACUCAGAGGAUUCUAUUAUUAAGUUCAGCAUUGAACCUCCAUUCUCUACUAUUGGUGAAGUGCUGCUGAGGCAGUCGGAGGCUCCAGAAGAUCCGUCCUCGUGGAAAUUCAAUAUUGAAGAUGGUGUGUAUGAGAAGGCUGUGAUCGAAUGGCUACAGAAGGACAUCGCUGAUGGAAAGCUUUUCUACAGACAUACAGGGCCCCAUAUCACUGAGGCAGUAUCUGAUCAGUUUAUCUUUAAAGCCCAGGAUGAUGCUGACCCUCCAAACCAAUCAGAUGAGAACAUAUUCUUUAUUAGGGUUCUUCCUAUUGAUGAUAUUCCACCUGUACUUUUUCCCGGCACGGCGUUGCAGAUGACAGUCUAUGAGUAUAAGUUGACUCAAUUUAAAAAAGAUUUCCUUCGUUAUACUGAUCUGAAUUCUGAGGACAGAGACCUGAAGUAUAUCAUAACUCAGCCACCAACUGACACAGAUGAAAAGCAUCCAGUUGAAUUUGGAUCAAUAGUUUUAACAGAACACCCUAACACUGAGGUAAGAGAAUUCACUCAAGCACAAGUGGACCAUCAUAAGAUUUCCUACAGCCCACCAGACACUGAUCUGGGCAUCACAGCACAUAUUGUGCAGUUCCAUUUCACAGUUGAAGACACUGCAGGAAAUAGUGUAGAAGGAAUCUUUACCAUAUUUCUGCAGCCUGUCAAUAACAAACCCCCAAAGAUAACUAACACUGGUUUUACAGUCUUUGAACGGGGCACACAUAUAAUCACAAAAGCUGAGCUUGAUACUACUGACUUUGACACAGAUAGUAAACAGUUUUUUUUUUCUUUGAGCCAGACUCCACAGCAUGGUCAAAUCCAGCUUAGCUUUAUUGAUUUGGUCAAAGGAAAUGCUUUCACCUUAGCAGAUAUCUCCGAUGAAAGAAUUUCUUAUGUUCAGAAUGGAGACGAGACAAUGAGUGACUUCUUUAAACUGGAUGUCAGUGAUGGGGUUCAUGUGGUUACAAUUACAAUAAGAAUAGUAGUGAAACCCACUGAUGAUGAGAUUCCAAAUCUGAGUUUCCCACCUGGUACCAUUGGUUCACACCUGGAUGUGCUUGAAAAUGGAGCAACUGAGAUUACCACCAGUGUAAUCCAGGGCAAAGAUAAAGACACAGAUGACCUCAGGUUGACCUUCAUUGUUGAAGACGCCCCUGCAUUUGGAGAGAUCCUGGUGAAUGGAAUGCUUUCCAACAGGUUCACCCAAGCUGAUAUAAUCAGCGGUUUGGUGGUGUAUGCCCACACCAGUGGUGAGAUUGGUCUUUUCUCCAAGCAGGACAAUUUCAACCUGACCCUCACUGACAUGUCUGAUGACUGGGCAUUAGGAGGAGGUAAAGUAAGUGGAGUCUGUGUUCUUGUCACCAUUCUCCCAGUAGAUAGCCAGGUGCCAGUGCUAACUGUUGUUCCAACAUUUACUGUUCUUGAGGGUGACAAAAAUACAAUUGGAGGUCAUCAAAUAAGGGUUGAAGAUGCAGACACAGUAACCGAAGACAUUUUGUGUACUAUCAUUGUGCAGCCAACAUCAGGUUAUGUGGAAAACAUCUCCCCAGCACCAGGUUCUGAGAAGUCCAGAUCUGGCAUAGCUGUCAGUGCUUUCACUAUUAGAGAAGUAAAUGAUGGCCAUAUCCUUUAUGUCCAAAGCAUCCAUAAAGGAGUUGAACCAGUAGAGGACCGGUUCUCAUUUAGGUGCUCAGAUGGUGUAAAUUUCUCAGAGAGGCAGUUCUUUCCCAUUGUAAUUAUCCCCACGAAUGAUGAGAAGCCAGAGGUUUUUAUAAGACAAUUUGUGGUGAUGGAGGGCAUGAAUUUCAUCAUCAAAACCGCUAUCCUGAAUGGUGCUGAUGCUGAUAUUCCUGCGGAAGAACUGACUUUCAUCAUUUCAGAACCACCCAAACAUGGCUUCAUCUUCAACCAGCUGACCACUGGCUCCAUACCAGUCACCAACUUUACUCUGGAGCAAAUCAAGGAAGCUUCUAGUAUUAUUUAUGAGCAUGAUGAUUCUGAGACCACAGAGGACAAACUGAGUGUUAUUCUGACGGAUGGAAAACAUAAUGUGGAAGGCACUGUCAUGAUCGUGAUUACUGCAGUGGAUGAUGAGACUCCAAGAUUGGCCGUUAACGAUGGUUUGGACAUUGAAGCUGGUGAGACAAAAGAGAUAAACAGUAAGAUUCUGAAGGCUACUGAUUUGGACUCAGAUGAUGACACACUUGCAUUUAUAAUUCGUUAUGGUCCAAGCCACGGUGUUCUGCAACGCAAAACAGAACUUGGUUCUUUUGAGAACAUCACAGUUGGCAUGAACUUCACACAGAGUGAAGUAGAUCAGGGUCAUAUACUCUACAUUCACAAUGGGCAGGAAGGCAUCCGUGACCUAUUAAAGUUUGAUGUAACAGAUGGCACAAAUCCACUAAUUGACAAAUAUUUUUACAUCACUGUGAGUGGUAUUGACAUGGUGUUCCCUGAAGUUGUUAGCAAAGGGGUGUCUUUGAAAGAAGGUGGAAAGGUGACACUUACUACUGACCUGCUCAGUACCAGUGACCUCAACAGCCCAGAUGAAAAUCUAGAUUUUACCAUCACCAGAGCCCCUGUGCGAGGACAUUUGGAGAACAACGACACACCAGGAAUGCCCAUUAUGUCCUUCACUCAGCUUCAGCUGGCUGGAAGUAAGAUCUACUACAUCCACACAUCAGAUGAUGAAAUCAAGAUGGACAGCUUUGAGUUUGAGGUCACAGACGGCUACAACCGUGUGUUCCGCACCUUCCGUGUGUCAAUAGUUGACGUUGACAACAAGAAGCCUGUCCUUACAGUACAUGAGCUCCUGGUGACAGAAGGUCAGAGCAAACUUAUCACACCUUUUGAGUUGACUGUAGAAGAUCAGGACACAGCUGAGCACCUUUUGAAGUUCACUGUCAUCCAACCGCCUAUCCAUGGCCAGCUGUUCUUCAAUGACAGCCAUCCAGUUACCACUUUCACAAAGCAGGACCUGAAUGAAAACCUCAUCAGUUAUAAGCAUGAUGGCACAGAGUUGAAUCAAGACAGGUUCUCUUUUACUGUUACUGAUGGAACACACGCACAUUUCUACGUCUUCCCUGACACAGUGUUUGAGACUCGUAGACCACAAACCAUGCAAAUCUCUAUUGUACCUGUAGACAAUGGUGUCCCACAAAUUGUGGUAAACAAAGGUGUUACCACUUUGAAAACCUUGCCUUCUGGUCACCUGGGUUACCUUAUCACCAAUAUGGUACUAAAGGCAGAAGACAGGGACAGCAGCCCAGAGACCCUGUUUUUUUACAUUACCAGGCAACCAGAGCAUGGCUACCUAAUCAACGUUGGGAAGGGAAAUGAUUCCAUCAGUACCUUUACUCAAGCUGACAUUGAUGACCUGAAGAUCUGCUAUGUCCUUAAAGAUAAGGACAUUGCUACCAGUGACAUCUUCCAGUUCUCAGUGGAAGACCUUGGAGGGAACAAGCUGAAGGGACAGAGCUUGCGUGUGGACUGGGCUUGGAUCUCCCUGCAGAGGCCCAGCUACGUAGUGGACGAGCAGGCCGGGAUGCUGCAGGUGGAGCUCCGGCGGCGAGGCUACCUCGGCGAGACCUCCUUCGUAGGAAUCAGCACUCUGGACGGCACCGCGGAAAAGGAGAAGGACUUCCGGGGCAAGUUCCAGAAGCAGGUACAGUUUAAUCCGGGCCAAACCACCGCCAAGUGGCAGGUCAAGAUCCUGUCCGAUGAGAAGUACGAGCAUUCCAAGACCUUCCACAUCGUCCUGUCCGAGCCAGUCAUGGGGGCUUUGGAGACACCAGCAGUCUCCACAGUUGAAAUCGUGGACCCAGAGGAUGAGACCACCGUCUUCCUUCCCCAGACGUGCCUGGCCGUGGAGGAGGACGCCGGGGAGGUGCUGGUGCCCGUGCGAAGGAGCGGAGACAUAAGUGAGGAGCUGCUAGUCCUCUGCUACACACUGUCAGGCUCUGCUACUGGUACGGCCCCCGGCGCAGUGCUCUCGUACUCUGACUACAUCUCGCGGCCGGAGGAGCAGGCCAGUCUGCUGCGCUUCGACAAAGGCGAGGUGGAGAAACUGUGCCGGGUCACCAUCAUCGACGAUUCACUGUACGAGGACGAGGAGAGCUUCAGUGUCUCCCUUCGCGUGGUCCUGGGCGGCCGCCUGGGACUGGAGCGUGCCACUGCUCACGUCAGCAUCCUGCCUGACCUGGACGACGCCCCGUUGUUCUACUUUGGCGAUCGGCAGUACCAUGUGGACGAGAGCGACGGCCAUGUCGACGUGCACGUGUGGCGGAUGGGAACGGACCUCUCCAGAGCUGCCGCAGUCACCAUCGGGUCACGUGGGACAGAGCCACCGUCCGCUGAAGUUGGAGUGGACUACGUAGGGAUCAGCAAGAGCUUGGAUUUCGCCCCAGGUAUGACCAUGCAGACUGUCCGGGUCACCAUCCUGGACGAUCUGGGCCGGCCGCUGCUGGAGGGCACGGAGAGGUUUGAGCUCGUCCUCCGCAUGCCUUCCAGUGGCAUUCUGGGAGAGCCAGGAAGAGCCACCGUGUUCAUCAGCGACUCUGUAUCCGACCUACCACAGGUGCAGUUCAAACAGGCUGUUGUGGUAGGAGAGGAGAGCGAAGGCCACAUCAAUGCCUUGGUCCAGCGCAGUGGUGACCUCAGCCACGGGUCUACUGUGCGCUGCUACACCCGCCAGGGAUCCGCCCAAGUGGACAGAGACUUCCAUGAGAGGCCCAACACCGAUGCCUCCAUCAUCACCUUCUUACCGGGGGAGGUGGAGAAGCCAUGCGUAUUGACUCUCGUGAACGACUUGCUGUUUGAAGAGGAGGAAGAGAUGAGGCUUGUUCUCGGAAGCGCCAGAAGCGACUCCACGUAUGGAGCAUCCGUAGGCAGGCGGAACGAAAGCCUCAUCAAGAUUACAGACACUGCAGACAAGCCGGUUAUCCAGUUUUCCGAGACAAAGUUCAGCGUGACCAAGCCGAGGGAGCCGAGUCGGGUGACCGUGGUGAGAGUUCCUGUGCGGCGGGCAGGGGACUCGUCCGCGACGUCUGUGGUGAGGGUCCACACCAAGGACGGCUCAGCUGUGUCGGGACACGACUACCACCCCGUCUCUCAGGAUGUUGAAUUUAAAGAGGGUGAAACAGAGCACGUCGUGGAGGUGGAGGUGCUGUUCGAUGGGCUCAGAGAGACGAGAGAAGCCUUUACUGUCCACCUCAAGCCCGAUGAGAACAUGGUGGCAGAGACCCAGGCAACCAAGGCCAUAGUGUACAUUGAGGAGACCAACAGUAUGGCUGACGUCACUUUCCCCUCGCUGCCACGCGUUGUGUCUCUGCUGCACUAUGAUGAUGUCAUUAGGAGCGAUCUCAGUGCCCACCCACCUGCUGGCUACCCAGUAGUCUGUCUCACGGCUUGCAACCCCAAGUACCCAGAGUAUGGCAAGAUGGCCUCCAUCUGCGCCAGCGAGCACAUCAACGACACUUUGACGCGCUACCGCUGGCUCAUCGGCGCCCCCGGUGGGCCAGACGCUGUCGCUGGCCCCAUGAGAGAGGUGGAUUUCGACACCUUCUUCACCUCCACCAAGAUGAUCACCCUGGACUCCAUCUAUUUCCAGGCCGGCUCGCGGGUGCAGUGCUCCGCCCGCGCCGUCGGCAAGGAUGGCACCGAGGGCCUGGAACUCAGCAGUCCCGUCGUGUCAGUCAGCGUGGACGAGGGAAUGUGCCAGCCUCGGACGGCGGGCGCAGCGGGCGCCGAGCCUUUCUCUGCCAAGCUCCACUACACAGGCGCCGAGGAGCCGGGACAUACCAACCUCAUCAAGCUAAGUGUCACCAUGCCCCACCUCGACGGUGAGAAACCAGCACAGUCCUCUUCUCCAGGCUGGCCUCUGCUAACAUGGUCGGUGCAUAUCCCGCAGGCUGAGGCAGGUGUUAGCGUCGGAUUCAUGUUGUGACGGCUGUCAAAGCAAAUAUAAGCUUUCGUCGUCAUUUUAAAGAUAAUUUGAGAGAUA